GGAGAAAAUCUGUUUAAAAUAAGAAUGUUUAAUUGGUUUGUCUAUUUGCCACUUCUCUCUCUGAUUGUCUUUCUUGGAAAUACUCCUGUUUCACAUUCUGGGAUUAUAUCAUUCUGGUUCGGCCAACAACCUGACUUUGCUGAUGACUAUGAUGAUGAAUACAGCACUGAUUAUACAGAUCCAGAGGAAACCGAAAUCAGAUUUAGUUUCUUUGACUCUGAUUGGAUUUAUGAAUUCUUCACUCACGAUGUAAAUCCCUGCCAGACAAACCCAUGCCAGAAUAAUGGAAUCUGUAAAAGAAAAAGAAACAGCUAUAUAUGUUCCUGCCCUGAACCAUACACAGGAUCAAAGUGUGAGCGUGUGAAAAAUACAUGCAAAAGAAUCAACUGCCGUCAAGGAGAAUGUCUGAUUAUAUUAAGAGAACCUUAUUAUCAAUGCAGUUGUAGAUAUCCAUAUAAACCACCAUUAUGUAAAAAAGCAUCCUCAGCUUGUCAACGAAAUCCUUGUAGAAAUGGAGGCACCUGUCAGAGGCAUCGUUUAAGGCAUAAAUUCAGCUGCAACUGCCCUGAAGCUUUCAGAGGAAAAUUUUGUGAACUAGGGCCUGAGGACUGCUUUGAAGAAAAUGGCCACACAUACAGAGGAAAUGUUAGCCAAACAAUCCUCCAGAAAAAAUGCCUUCACUGGAAUUCUCAUUUUCUUUUGGACAGUAGUUAUAACACAUUUAUGGAACAUGCUGACUAUUAUGGCCUUGGCGAUCAUAACUUCUGCAGGAAUCCAGAUGGUGAUGACAAACCCUGGUGCUUUGUCAAUGUGAAUAACAAAUUGAAAUGGGAUUUCUGUGAUGUCCCCUCAUGCUUGUCAACAGCAAAAGUCUCCAUGAAUAUAACAACCUCUUUCAAUAAUCCAGUAGUAAGUAAUACAUACAGAACAUGUGGAAAACCAGAAAUAAUAAGACCAUUCAAGAGAAUCUAUGGAGGUGUCAAGUCAGCUCCUGGCAAACAUCCAUGGCAAGCAUCUCUUCAGAGGAAGAUUUCAGCAGGUGUACCUAAGGGACAUUAUUGUGGAGGAGUGUUGAUUGAGCCAUGCUGGGUUCUUACCGCAGCACACUGUGUCACGACAGAAGCACACAACCUCCAGGUGUCCCUUGGAGAACAGAAUCUCAAAAGGAAAGAGCAACAUGAACAAAAGUUUGAUGUAGACAAAAUCAUUAAACAUGGACACUAUACAGAGCAGGAUGGCAUCCCAUACAAUGAUAUUGCUUUGUUGAAAUUAAAGCCAAUUGAUGGGCACUGUGCUGUGGAAACAAGUUAUGUUAAAUUUGCGUGCUUGCCUGAUUUUAUAUUUCCUGAUAACACAGAAUGUUAUAUAUCAGGCUGGGGAGAAACAGAAAUAAGUGAAUCAUCUCAUCAGCUAUUGGAUGCCAAAGUAAAACUGAUUUCCGAAAGGCAAUGUAAUGCACCAAAUGCAUAUAACAGCAGAGUGGUGGAAAGCAUGCUUUGUGCUGGAAGUCUUCAGAGAACAAGAGCAGAUACUUGUCAGGGUGAUUCAGGAGGACCUCUAACGUGUGUUACCAAUGACACUUACUAUGUUUAUGGAAUUGUGAGCUGGGGAGAUCAGUGUGGAUUAAAAAAUAAACCGGGAGUUUAUACUCGAGUGACAAGAUUUCUCAAUUGGAUUAGAACAAAAAUUACACACACGUCUAAUUUUCAAAACUAAGAAUGGUAGUCAUCAAAACAAGAAUAGUAGAGUAAUUUAUCAAAACUUCUGCUGCAUCAGGAUUCAGCUGGACUUGUUGAGAUCCUUCUGUUAUUUUCUCCUGCAAUUGCAAUAGAUUCAGAAUGUUAUCUC